AUGGUAUUUUUAUGGACGAUUUUCGGCCUGUUUGUGGGUGUCAGCUUCGGCACCAACGAGGCUGAAGUUGAACCAACCCCCGGCCCACUGAACACCUCUGGCCCACUGACUAUCCACUUCCCACUGCGGCAGGGCCCUCUCUCCGAAACCCAACCCCCGCCCGUAGCCCCGCAGCGCUCCUGGAGGGCUGCGCGAAGGCGCAGAGGGGUCAGGGGCAUUAAUUUCGUGGACAUGAUCGACAACCUCCGUGGGAAAUCUGGACAGGGCUACUACGUGGAGAUGGCAGUGGGUUCACCGCCACAGAAGUUGAAUAUUCUGGUGGACACAGGCAGCAGUAACUUUGCAGUCGGGGCAGCUGCUCACCCUUUCCUCUGCAGAUACUACCAUCGCUCACUGUCUAACUCCUACCGCGACCUUGGGCGCAGUGUCUACGUACCCUACACCCAGGGCCGCUGGGAGGGCGAGCUGGGCACUGACCUGGUGUCUGUGCCGCACGGCCCCAACGCCUCGCUUCGUGCCAACAUCGCUGCCAUUACCCAGUCGGACCGCUUCUUCAUCAACGGAUCCAACUGGGAGGGCAUCCUGGGCUUGGCCUACGCCGAAAUUGCCCGGCCUGAUGAGACGCUGGAGCCUUUCUUUGACUCGCUGGUGCGCCAGACCCCCGUGCCCAACCUGUUCUCCCUGCAGAUGUGUGGCGCAGGGUUCACCCAGAACUACAGCCUGGGCAGUGCCACCGUGGGUGGCAGCAUGAUCAUUGGUGGAGUGGAUUCUUCUCUCUAUGUUGGGGACCUGUGGUACACCCCAAUCCGCCGGGAGUGGUAUUAUGAGGUUAUCAUUGUGCGCAUUGAGGUCAAUGGUCAGGAUCUCAACAUGGAUUGCAAGGAGUACAACUAUGAUAAGAGCAUUGUGGACAGUGGCACCACUAACCUCCGGCUCCCUCGUAAAGUGUUCCAGGCAGCCGUGAAGGCCAUCGAGGCAGCCUCGUCUACAGAGCAGUUUCCCUCUGGGUUCUGGUUGGGGGAGCAGCUGGUGUGCUGGCAGGCUGGCACCACCCCGUGGCACAUUUUCCCUGUCAUCUCGCUCUACCUAAUGAGUGAGAACCGCAACCAGUCCUUCCGCAUCUCCAUUCUCCCACAGCAGUACCUGCGACCCGUGGAGGACGUGGCCUCGGCCCAGGAGGACUGCUAUAAGUUUGCCGUGUCCCAGUCCAGCACGGGCACCGUCAUGGGCGCCGUCAUCAUGGAGGGCUUCUAUGUGGUGUUCGACCGCCAGAGGAAACGCAUCGGAUUUGCAGUCAGCACCUGCCAUGUGCACGAUGAGUUCCGUACGGCCUCCGUCGAGGGGCCGUUCCACGGCGUGGAUCUGGAGGACUGCGGCUACAACAUCCCGCAGACGGACGAGUCCACCCUGAUGACCAUUGCCUACAUCAUGGCGGGCAUCUGUGCCCUCUUCAUGCUGCCACUGUGCCUCAUGCUGUGCCAGUGGCGCUUCUCCCGCUGCCUCCGCCCACCUGGAGCUGGGGACUUCGCUGAUAAUAUCUCACUCCUCAAAUGA